AGACCUUGUUAUCUCCUGUUCUGUGCUUUCUCCGUCGUUUCAUAGCGCUUCCUUUCCAACGGUUGCGGCUGUGAACGCUGGGGGUUAACGUUUUCUGUCUUUUUUUUUGUUUAUUUCUAUAUAUAUUGGCGGCAAAAGCGUGCUGAAGAACUUCUCGUGAAGAGCGACGGUGUGUGUGUGUGUGUGUGUGUGUGUGUGUGUGUUCAGAGUGCCGCUUUCCGGGGCGGUGUUGUUUUUCCCCCUUUUUCAGACGUAUAUUACCGUUCUCACAUACGCGCACAUGUGUCGCCCGCUCAAGGGACACACACACGCUCUUAUACGUUUCUAUUACGGAAAUUUGUUUUGCCUCGCUUUCAGUUACGUUCUCCUCUUGUAUCGACAGAGCUAAGGUGUUGAUAAUUAGAUGGCGUUUGAUUUUCCUUAACUCAUUUUCCUUCUUAGAUUCUCGCACAAUUCGUAGACCACUGUAGAGGAGAGGGAAAAAAAGCAAAGGCGGUCCCUCGUAACUCGCGGCACCUCGUGUCUUUCCCGAAAUUUGUCUGUUGGACACGUGUGGGUUCACAUGUCUUCAAAUGACCGAAAACGUGCGAGGAGUGACGGCGCGGCACAAGAGCAGGAUGGCAGCGCGGCGAAUACCGUCUCUGCUGCCACGCAUUCGACGGCCGGUCCUCUCCGUCCACGCACCGUGAACACCGCUCAAGCCGUUCUCAACUGCGAGGGUGCGCAAGGGACGCGUCUUCAAGCUGUGCUCCAGAGGAGCGACGCCUGUAUUGGGACUGCGACGACGCACGACGCACAAAUCAGCAGCGACUAUGCUGCUCAGCCUGGCAGCAUGUCUCAGUCGCACGCUGCGCCGUCAGUCCGCGGUAAGCCACAACGGCCCUUCCGUCCUGCCCAGAGCUCAGUGACAGUCUUCCCCCCUUCCUCCUCUUCUGUCGUAUCAGCGUCUCGUGAUUUCACGGCUGCUACGUCGAAUGCUGUCCAUCACGCUGGAACGGCCAAUGCGCGGCACAACGGAUUCUCCGCGAAUCAAAUCCGUGAAGGUCAUUCUGGCACGACAACAACGUCCGUUGCUGCGACUCCUACGCAUGACGUGGACGCAGAGUUGCACGCCACGUGGAAGGCCAAGCGUGACGGCCUUGAAGAGGAGGUGCGCUUCCUGGAAGCGCAGUCCACGCAGCUCACGGAAGAAACACACGCCGUCGAGGACGCCAUUGAGCGCAUGUUGACGGAGUUUGAAGAGGAUAAACGCUUGGCCCAGGUGCGCCACGCCAACACCGUCGCGCGAUUCCACAGUUUUAUGAAGGCGCUGCGUGCGCGGGAAGACUUGUGUCUCGCGGCGAAGCAGCGUGCCUUGAACAACAUCGACGCUUCUGUGGAAACCGUUCGACAGCUGUGCGCAGAUCAGGCAACGACACAGGAGGCGAUCGUGUUGACAGCGGAUCAAUGCGAAACCCUCGAUGGACAGCUGACAAGACUGCAGGCAACGGUGGCGGAGCGGAGAGGGUUUUUGCAGCAGCUCCAAGGUGAAGAGGAACGCAUGAAGGACGCCGCCUACGGCCUGAGCGGAGAGGUGCGGGAACUCGUUCUCGAAAUGGAGCAACUCAAAGUCGAAAAACGAAAAACAGAAGUGUCGGCGAUGCAGACGGAGGUGGCGCGGCGGGAGCUGUACUCACUGUGCGAGGCGCUGAAGGGCUCCAUUCGCGUCUACUGUCGUGUGAAGGGAGCAGUGAACGUUGACGUGCCCGCAGCAGCGGAGCCACUCCCGCCGGCCACCACCACCGUAUCCGCACUAGAAGCGGAUACUGACGUCGCGGAAGGCACGACACGUCUGCCGUCCCCGGCGAAGACCGGCCGCGGCGGAUCGGUGGAGUCGUCGGUGUCCGUCGGCGUGCGAUCCACCGCGGGGGCUGUGGCCGCUGGGGCAGCCCACCGGCCGGGCCUUGCUGGCGGUGGUCACCGCAGUGGGCGGUCCACCACUCGCUCAAGCGUAACGACAGCCGCGAUGACGGCGGAGGCGGAGGCAGCUCCUGAGAAGGACGGCGACGGCGACGCGGAGCGGCCUCUCUUUUCCUAUCCAGAUCGCACUAACGCUACAGCGGUGGAUGUGAAGGAGGAGGAGGAGGUGAAAACGCCCUCGACGGCCGACUUCUUGGCAAAUAGGGAAGCAAAGCUGUCUGCUACCACGGCUACGGCAGCAGCUGGUUCGUCGCCAUCGUGCGCGACGUUUGAAGGUCCCGAAGCCGCGAGCGGCGCGGAGGCGGGCCUGCCCUGCAGCAGUGGACGGACCAUCACGAUUCACCUCACCCGCUCCAACGCCACUUCCACCGGCGUGAACAACACAGAGGAAGGCUUCACCUACGAUCGUGUUUUCCCGGGCAGUGCGCAUCAGGAGGAGGUGUACCGCGACGUGGAGCCGCUCGUGCGCAACGCCGUCGACGGCUAUCGUGUGUGCGUCUUUGCGUACGGCCAGACAGGCAGCGGGAAGACGUUUACGAUGGAGGGCGACCUGCGUCACACGCCGGCGGCUUACGGAGUAACGCCGCGUGCACUGCGGACGAUCCUCCAGCGUCAAGACGAACUCGCCAGGGAGGGUUGGUCCUACGAGCUGUCCUGCACCUUCAUCGAAAUCUACAACGACGUCAUUCGCGAUCUGCUGCAGAGUGGCUCGGCACGGUACGAGACGGCGAUGCAGCAAAGCGGAAACCCGGCCACCUACCACACCAUCAAGCACUCCGGCGACACCACGCAGAUCACCAACGUCAACGAGGAACGCAUUCGAAACAUGGAGGACUUUUUCAAGCUGUACACGCACGCUGUCGAGCAGCGCAGCACGGCCAAGACAGAUUUGAAUGACAAGUCUUCCCGGUCUCACUGCAUCUUUACAUUGCGCAUUACCGGCGUAAAUGCCACUAUCCGUCAGCGAAGCGAGGGCGUGCUGUGCCUUGUCGAUCUUGCCGGCAGCGAGCGCGUCAACGAGAGUGGUGCGCAAGGGAAGCAGUUUAAAGAGGCGGUGAACAUUAACCGAUCUCUGUUGGAUCUUGGCAAGUGCAUCCGUGCCUUGCGGAGUGGUGCCGUCGUACCGUGGCGCAACUGUAAGCUGACGUACCUGCUACAAAAUCAUCUGGGUGCGAAGGGCGGGAAGAUGCUCAUGAUCGUGACCGUUUCGAACCUGCGGCAGCACGCUGCGGAGAGCAUCAACUCGCUGCGCUUCGCGGCGCGCGUGCAGGAGACGUUCGUCGGCACUUCGGUCAAACGCGUUGUGAACAUGAUGUGA